AUGGAACCAAAUACAAUGGAUGGUUCAUUAUCAUCUUCUCUUAUAACGGAUCAACAUGCAGAACUGAGAACGGAAUCAAAUACAAUUGUUCGAACAAUGUACCAACCCGUAGAACUGUCAAUGGAACCAAAUACAAUGGAUGGUUCCUUGUCAUCUUCUCUUAGAACGGAUCAACAUGCAGAACUGGCAACAGCAUCAAAUACAAUUGAUCGAACAAUGUACCAGCCCGCAGAACUGUUAAUGGAACCAAAUACUAUUGGUGAUUCAUCAUCAUCAUUUCUUAGAACAAGCCAACAUGUAGAACUGGGAAUGGAACCAAAUACAAUUGUUCAGACAACGCACCAGCCCGCAGAACUGUCAAUGGAACCAAAUACAAUGGGUAUAAUUGUUUAUUUAUAUAGUAUUAUUCCGAAAAUUUGCGCUACUACUACACCCUAA